GCGUGGAAUUUUCCGGGUUUUCUUUGCGUAAAGAGGGACCAGUUUUCCACAGAGAGUCCUCCGGGGAGGCAUUCCGCCUCGGCAGAUGGCCCACGUCUCGUGUUGCCGUGUGCAAAGAAACAAACGCUCUUUCAAUCACUGGCUGUCAUGAGUUUCACCCCGCACACUUAUUGUAUUAGACGUAGAAGGAAUUAUACGCGUUUUCUUUGUUUUCGUUCCUCCUCUUAGUCGAUCAUUGCCUUUUUAAGAGGAAAACAGAAAGGGAAACUUGUUCCCGUAUUUCCUACAGGUGCGUCUAUAGCAAGAAAACGCUACACUAGUAAAGGAAAAUACUUCGGUUUGUUAUUAUUAUUAUAGAAAAAACUGGUUAGUGUUGUUUGAAUAAUAAUUAUAAUACAACUUUAUUUAGUUCGCGGAAUAUUUGUUUUUGGAUUUUUAUCGACUUAUCUCUGAAAUAUAUCGUCUGUCUACGUCUCCCGUCUACUACGAAGUCGACGUCAUCGAUCGUUAUUUGGGGGUUUCUAAAAAAGACGACGAGGCCCGUAACGGGGAAAUAGCAUUUCACGUCGUCCUGGUGUCCUUUCGACUUUCACUGCUUUAUUAUUAUUAUUUUUUUUUUCUUUCGUGAAAUUUCAGCUCGGAUCGAUUAAAAUCGUUCUUGUCUUGCAUUUCUUCGAAUGUAGAAUCCACCAAAACUUUCGAUUUUGUAAGUUUAUGCCUAAUAAAUUCCCCGAGUCGUAAGUCAUAAUUUAGAGUAGACAAUUGCAGAAUGCGCGUACAAUAUGAUAAUAAUACAGGUUUAAAACGAAUCGACAGUAAUAACAAUUCUGGAAUGUCAUCUCACUCGACGUUCGGGAGAGCUUACAUACCGAUGAUGCGUACUGUACAUUGCCAUAUCAUUAGUAGGGGGCAGCAAGACGACCGAAAUUUUUUGCAGUUCGUAGGAAAACAAUAAACAUUUGUAAUGAGCGCUGCAUUUAUUUUUGUUCGAUUAUCAUACCCAAAAUGGCGCGGUCUGGUGUGAGGGACGGAACUCGACGCAUCCGGAAGAACCCUCCUCGAAAAAUUCCUGGGGGUUUUAGACCCGUCCGGCUCCUAUAGAACAUAAGCUGCCAAAAUUUUCUCACGUGCCAACCGAAAUUUUUGGGAGCGUAUUAUUUGGCGUCUUUUAAGUAUCGAGAGGACGUUUCCAAAUAAUGAAAAACCCACACUAGAAACCCGAUAAAUUCUCUACGGAACAGGAAAAAUAUAAAAAGUGACGGUACAGAAAUCACACGCGUCUGGCUGCCCUGGUAUAGGCGCAUUCGUAUUAUCAGAACGAUGGUCCAUUUUACACAUCUCCGUUACAAAAGAACUAUACGAGAAUGACGCAAAAAUAUAUACAGCGAAACCUAUUCAAAACGGAACUUGAGUAAACGAAAAAAUAUUCUUCGGAACGGAACGAUUUUCUAAGUUAGAAAAUAACCUAUUCAAAGCGGAAAAAAUAUUCGGUACCGUGCGAUUCCGGUUUACACAGGUUCUACUGUACUAUACUGAACAAACGGUUGCCCCUGACGUUUAUUUCUUACACACUCUAGUGACAUCGUAAUAAUCUGCAUAAAAAUUUCUCAAAUUCGAUUUCCCUAAACGUAGGACAAUGGCAAUAAAAAUAUUUGGUAAUUUAAAGUUAAUCGAUUUCUAACCGUCGUUGACGUAAUCCAAUCGAUUUUCUUUAAUUCUCCUCCCAUUUAACUCUGGUAAAUUCGAAAUUACACUUUCCACUGGCUAGAAAAUUUUAAAUUUCAUCCCGCGAUUGAUUAUAGAAAGUUCCGUCUUUUAAAGGCGAUUGGCUAAACGGAAGCGACGUCACUGAUGACGUCGGUUCCGGCGAAUGUACUAUUUUUCUGCCGGAAAAUCGAGAGAAUUGAAAAUGUUUUACUGUAAAAAUCGAGAUUAAUCAAAAAGAAAUGGGAAAAUAUGCUAAAAGUAGAAAUUAUGGUUUGUAAAAAACGGUUUCGAUUUCAGUUAACAGAUGGCGAGACCUGUCUAUUUGAUACGAAACGUAAAACUUCCCGGAAAUACGUCACCGUUGACGGAACGAACAAUUAUGACUUGUAAAAUUUGAAUGUAAUCUGCCACGAAAUAACUAGUCGAGUUGAUCACGCCUCAUUUACUUUAUUUUCACUGUUUUUACGAUAGUUCUCUAUACGAAGGUCGUGGAGCGUUACGCUUCUCCGUCACGUAUCGUUGUAUCUCUAUUGACAUACGAGAAAGCUUAUCGAAUGUUACUUUAAAUCCUACAAAUGCUACAUUUAGGAAGUCGUAAAACGAGUUGUAAACUCUGUAUCCUUGAGUAUUUACGGUAUCCGCGUCAACAAUAAGCUGUGUUAGCUGCACAGCACAAAUACAGUUAAUACAGCUGUAUUUGUGCUUGCUAUUCUCACAGUAAAUCAAUGCACCAAAUUGUUAAAUCGAAGUUUAAAUUCGCUCGGGUUAUUUUAUGUUCCUGUUUAUCCAGUUAACACCGCGAAUAAAUAUGUUUACCCCGUUUUCGUCACACGUAUAACGAAUGUAUUUGGGAGCGAGCCAGACAUUUUCUUUUGUAUUUUAGGACUGGAUUUGACUUUUCCGUCUCGAUAAACAUUUGUGACAUAUUUUUAUUAGAAAGAAGAAAAAUGCUCGCUUCCGAAGUUGGCACUAAAUCGAGUGUGGCGCUAAACUGAAAGACCUCAAACUAUAAGAAUUAUAUAUAACAAUGAGAUGUAGGCCUAUAUACAAAAUAUACGAUUUCGCAUACUUGAGCGCCGUAUAGCCUAUUAUUCGUAUCGAAACGGAAAAAAUCAUGUGGUGUGUAGAAAAAUUCAGCAUCAAAAGGAAACGCUCUCGAGAAGGAAAAUUUGCGCAUUUGGAGUACGCAAUGGUGGAAUGGAUCAAACAGAUUCAAGAGUACGACGUUCUGAUCGACGGUCUGAUGAUAAAAGAACAGGCUUGUCACAUGGCCAAUCUGAUGGGAAUCGAAGACUUCAAAGCCAGUAACGGGUGGAUCGACAGGUUCAAAAAUCGAUACGCCAUCGUCUACAGCAGCGAAAGUAAAGAAAAAACGUGGUUCUCCACCGUUUCAAAGGAUUACAAAUCGGAGGACGUCUUCAGCGCCAAAGAAAUCGGUAUAUAUUACGAUCUGGUACCCGAAGACAUGGCCACCCACCAGGAACCAAUCGGCAAGAGGCUAACAAUAUUGUUGUGUUGCAACCAGUCCGGAACCGAAAAACUCCCGCUCCUAGUUAUAGGAAAGUACCAAAAUCCUCGAUCCUUCAAAAAUAUUCGCACGCUUCCUUGUAAAUACGUAGCAAACAAGAACGCGUGGAUGACUCGUAAAGUCUUCGAAGCUUACCUGAAAGCUCUCGAUGCCAAAAUGGCGGCCAAAAACAGAAACGUUCUUUUGUUAUUGGAUCAAAGUCCCUCGCAUCCUCCCGAUACCGAGCGUAUAAGUAACAUCAACAUCGAAUACUUUCCGUCGGACGAGAAUGACGUGUUACGCCCUCUGAAACAAGGAGUGAUCGAGGAAUUUAAACGGAACUAUCGAAGACACCUGAUUCAAAAGUGGGUUUCGUUAACGGAUCGUUCUUUCAAGCCUAAAAUUAGUGUGUUAGACGCUCUGUACUUCGCGGUAUCGGCUUGGGACGAGGUAGAAAAAUCCACCAUUGUAAGCAGUUUUAGGAAGACGAAAUUUCUUAGAAGAAGAGAAAUGGGGGAGGAAGAUUCGCAGUGCCACCCUUUCGUACCGUCGGACAUUUGGCUACGGGCCACACCUAGCGAAAAAUUGCAAUUCGAUCAUUACGUGUCCUGCGACGAAGACGUACCUGUCUGCCAGACGACGGCCGAUCAAACGCUUUACACUAAACAGAGGAGAGGAAGAGGAAACGAAGAGGACGACGAGGAACCUUCCAAGAUUCCAUCCUUCUCGGAAGCCGUGCAAGCUUUAGAUACCAUCAGGAAUUACGUCACUAGCUUCGACGUGGGAGACAAAGCCGUGUCGGCCAUUACAAAAAUAAAUUCUGUCGUUCACAACGUACCGGGUGUUUCGUCGAAACGAGCCAAACUGCAGUGAAGGAGCCCACUGGACGAAAUUUCUAAAUUUCUUUUUCGGUACUUUAUUUAUUGAGCCGUUCGAUUGUUUAAGUUCACGUUACUGUUGUAACGAUUCGCACUUGUUUUUGUCGUUUAUGGUUGUAUUUUUACCAAAACUUUUACGGGUAGACCAAGAGUGAAGAUACUCUUUAUAAACACGUAACCAAUCGAGAUUUCGACGAAACUUUCUUACAUUUUGUAUUGUUUAACAUAAAAUAAUCGUAAAGUGAUAAUAAAUGACAUUAUUUU